AUGGAUAUUAACAUUGCAGAAGCAGUAGAGGGGGAGGAUGCGCUCACUUAUGCCGGAUCACUACCAGUACCAAAUGUUCAAGAGAUGGAGAGAAGCAAUCCUGUGCAGGUUCCUGAAAGAUACAUUAGGAACCAAGAAGACAUGCCCAAAACUACCGAUGCGAUUCACCUUUCAUGUGAGAUUCCCGUCAUUGAUUUAUCAUUACUAUCAAAUGGGCACAAGGAGGAGCUCAAGAAACUGGAACUAGCUUGCGAAGAAUGGGGCUUUUUCCAGGUGGUGAAUCAUGGAGUAGCAGAAGAAGUGUUGCAAGGUAUGAAGUACAGUGCAUCUGAGUUUUUUGAACUCCCAUUAGAAGAGAAGAACAAGUAUGCAAUGGCCUCAGAUGACAUACAAGGGUAUGGCCAGGCAUUCGUUGUUUCUGAAGAGCAGAAGCUGGAUUGGUCAGAUAUACUGGUUCUUGUUAUUUACCCUACACGAUUUCGGAAGCUUAAAUUUUGGCCAAACGCACCAAAGGAAUUCAAAGAAAAGAUCGAAGUCUAUUCAAAUGAAGUAAAAAGAGUAGGAGAGGAGCUCCUAUGUUCCUUGUCUUUGACAAUGGGAAUGGAUAAGGAUACUCUCCUUGGACUGCACAAAGAGUUUGUGCAAGCCUUGCGAGUGAACUACUAUCCCACUUGCAGCAUACCAGAUCAAGUACUGGGUAUAAGUCCGCACUCAGACACAAGCAUCCUAACCAUACUUAUGCAAGAUGAUGAUGUCACUGGUUUACAGAUUAAGCACAGUGGAGAGUGGGUGCCUGUUAAGCCAAUUCCAAAUGCUCUGGUCGUGAAUAUUGGAGAUGUUGUUGAGAUUUGGAGCAAUGGGAAAUACAGGAGCAUUGAGCACAGAGCUGUGACAAACAAGAACAGGGCAAGGAUUUCAUUUGCAUCUUUUAUUCUUCCACAUGAUGAUGUGGAAAUUGAGCCAUUUGACCAUUUGGUAGAUUCCCAGCAGCCCAUUAAGAUAUACAAGAAGGUAAGAUAUGGAGAUUAUCUUAGGCAUUCCAUGAAAAGGAAAAUGGAGGGAAAGGUUCACACAGAAAUGGCCAAGAAUGAAAAUUAAGUAGAUUUUCUGAAUAUUCCAUCACUUCCAUAGUGAAAGGACAUUGAAGGAAAAAUAAAUAAAUCAAUAGAAACAGAAGUUGUCCCCAGACAUUCUCAACAUGUUAUGAAUUAUCAGACUCCUGUUAGUCAAAAUAAACACCAAAUAUUUCAAUUAUCAUUUCUUUACUUCAGAUAUCAAUGGAA